CUGAGGGAAUAUUGUUAUAUUUCUAACGGAUGGACUCCCAUCGGCCGGCGCAACUACGAACCCCAAUGAAAUACGGGCUAACGUUCGGAACGCAAACUAUGUCACCACUGGUUCGAAACAAGAAUACAAAGCAGUGAUUUACUCUCUGGCAUUUGGUUUCAAUAUGGACUUCGGUUUUCUAAGUGCUCUGUCGGAAGAGAAUGGAGCAAAUGCCCGGCGAAUCUUCGAAGGCGUUAGUGCCAAGGAUCAGUUGGUGUAUUUCUACGACGAACUUUCAGAUAUCUAUUUAAGUAGGGUUAGUUUCAAUAUAUGCAGUCUGGACACGCGAACGGAAAUCAAGCAAGUUAAGGUUGUGACGUCACGGUCUGAAUUUCCAUACUUCUUUGGUGGCUCCGAGAUAGUAAUGGUUGGAAAAAUGAACGCGAUCCAAACGGAAAGUUGGGGAAUCUGCGUCAAUGCUGUAAGCAGUACUGGUGGUGCUAUAAUCACCAUUUCAUCGUCGUUGGUGGAUAGUCUUCCAUCUGGGUUAUCCAACGAAGGUCGAGUGGAUUUCAUCGAAAGGAUAUUCGCAUACAAGCAGAUUAAAUACUAUCUGAUUAUGAUGGACAUUGCAAGAGACGAAUCUGAUGCGGUGAAAUUCAAGACACUUGCGCUCAAUAUGUCGUUGGAGUAUAACUUCGUCACCCCGCUCACGUCGAUGGUAGUCACGCAACGUUUGCAUGAUUGGAGUCGUUUGCAUUUGGAUGCAGAGUUGGAUGAUUCAUUUUCACCUUUACGAAAAAAUGUUAUGGUGAGUCCCAGUUACCCGGUUAGAGCGUAUUCCUCAAAUUGUGGCGUUGGUCUAAAACUGGAAUACCUAUUUCGAGUUUCCUGCUUAUUAUGUACGAUUGUUGUUUGCUUUGAAAGAUGA